AUGAAUCGCCCUACUUUGGCCCUACUUGUAUUCAUCGUUGCUGUGGAUGCCAACCCUCUUAAACCAUCAAACGGGACCGGCUACUUGUGCGAAACGUGCAAAAUGUCUGUCCUGCUCGUUCUACCCUCGCUAAAAGAGGACCUCAGAAAGCUCGAAGAUGUUUUUGUGAAAGGAUGUGAGAAAUUCCUCGAACGGUUUCCGUGGGCUCAAAAGGAAUGUGAUCUUUUGGUCAAAGAAGAAUUAAAUGGAAUUCUCGAUUUUUUGAGCUGUUUGGAAGCACCGGAAGUGAUCUGCAAAAAACUUCAUGCUUGUUAG